AUGGCUGUGCUUCCCACCCACCACCUUCCUCGGAGGAUGAUGCAGGCCAGAGUCUGUUUCUUCCUUUCCACCAUGUCAUGGCGCAUCUGGGCCAGUCUCCUCCUCUGUGCCUCCGCUGCCCUGCACGUCGUUGGGCAGGAGUCCAACGUCACGGUGUGCGUCAAUGACUACCGUUGGUCUAUCAAUUCUAGAGGCCAGACGCCAUGCUUAGUAGCAGCGUACUUGAAGACCGCCUGCGGAACUCCCGCUUCUGUCGACGCUAUUCCUCCUGACAAUCAUUAUCUUGGUCCGACCUUUGCGCAAGCUGACCCCUGCAUGUGCAGCUCUGUCACCUACUCCGUAAUUAGCGCGUGUGGGGGGUGUCAAGGUCGCAACUUUGCCAACUGGACAACAUGGUCGCAGAACUGUCCUUUAGUGUCUCUUGGAUCGUUCCCGAGACCCAUUCCAGACGGAACGGAAGUGCCCAUCUGGGCGUCCAUUAAUCCUGUAGCGACCAACAAUACUUUCGAUCCAGUCGCCGCUGUACAAAUCCUUAGUGGUUUCCCACUCCCGACCCCUUCCUCUGUUUCUCUGCUCCCUCCUGCUACGACCACGACCAGAACCUCAUCCACUGACACACUAGGUGCUUCUACGUUUACACCAUCAGCAACGGACGCCCCUCAAACGUCUGAGGGAGGCUCUCGUUCCAACGCUGGUGCAAUUGCUGGAGGGGUCGUCGGCGGUCUAGUCUUCCUGGCCAUCGUCGGACUUCUCGUGCUUUGGUGGUUCAUGCGGAAGAGGCGGAAUGCCGUACAGAAAGAUCUUACUUUCGAUAGCCGUGCUUUGGUUGGUGGAUCUGCAAUGUCGCAACAAACGACCGGAUCGCCACCUGACGGACCCUCGCCUGUUCCAUUCUCACAGAGUCUAUAUGACACCUCGGAUAUGCAUACCUACCCAGGAUCCCCUCUUACAUCGGCAGUGUACACUCAUGUUCCAGGAAGCGAUGUUCCCGGACGCCGGAGGUCUUUGGAGAGUGUUUCGCCUAGUAUGAUUCAACUUGCUGCUAGUACCGGAACGCCAUCGACUGGACAGCCUCGCGGAUUUACGGGUGCUGCAGAGCUUUAA